AUGCCGUUCUUUUCAAAAGUAUUCAAAAGCAAGGAUGCUGCAUCGAAGAAGGCCCCUGCGCCCGUGGCGAAUGGAGAUGCACACAAGAAGGUACAAUGGUCCGACGCCUGGCUUCGAACAAGAGUCGAUCCAGAAGAGGUGUCUGAGUUACUGCACAUGUGCACAGCGGAGUUGAAGUCGAGAGACCUGAAUGUACCGUUCCUUCUCCUCCCUUUCCGACCUUCCUCGGAUCCCUCUGCGGCCAGAUCCUUUGUGCGCAACUUUUUCCUUCCGCCCCACGAUCGAGAUCCAUUACGAGGGGAUGUCUUGGAAAGAGAACUACGGAUGACUGAGGCGAUGGUGCUAAUCAGCGUAAUGAAAUGGUGCUGGGCUCGUUUGCCUGGUGGAGUCGUCAGUUGGGAGGUGUAUGAAGGCUUCCGCGUAGGGGAAAAAGAUUCUGGCUUCGCGCGUGACGCCUUCAGCACGUUCGUUCCACUGGGCGUGGAUUCCCCUGCUCGGUUACAGAUCAUCCAAGACUUUUUCGACCUGCUAGCCGCCGUGGCAGCACACGGUAAAGCGAACGGAUUAGGAGGGCACAAACUCUCGCGGUAUGCUGGCUGGUGGGCUUUCGAACAUUACGACACUGGGAAAGGGUUCGAAUCAGGAUAUGAGUCCUGGGCAAAUGCCGCCGAUGCGACAUCACACCUUUUCUUCGCCUACUUGCGUUCGUUAUCUCCCGAUUCAGGCAAGACAAGCGGUAUCCUGGGCCUACCUCGGUCUCUCCAGCAACUUCUCAACUCGACGGAGUAUCCCCCAAAGCACGCGUUGCUUUCAAAUGAGGUCACUAAGGUGGUCAUGAUUGUUGACAUAGUCUCACCCACUCCGUACGCAUUAUUGCGACGAGCGAAAAACUUCGAAUACCGAGACGACGAUCGAGCUCUGCAACGAUUCGCGAGUUAUGAGGACCCCGUCGAGGCGCUCACCGAUGAGUGCCGCCGGGUUUUGAAAGCGAUCUCUUCUACGAACCAAUCUCACGUCUCCAACGCGAAGACAUCAACCAGUUUGGCGGAUCCCUCCUGGUCAAGAUUUGAAGACAUUGGUUUUGGAAGUUCCCUUGAAGACGAAGAUGAAGAUGAGGAAGACGACGGAGUACUCGUCCGUAGACCUCGUGCCACAAGACCGAUCCAUCCUUCAGUGCGGCCCCGAGGUUACGCAGAUCUAGCUCGGCCAACCACGCCAUCGUGGGCGGAUUUUCUAUCUUCAGGAUUUGCGGAUGAAAAUGGCAGCAAAGCCCCCGCUCCCAUUCUCCUACCCCCUGACAAAAUUCUUCCACCUAUUCAGUCGACUAUGAUACGUGGUCAAAGCUCGCAGUCCCAUCGAAGGAAUCUAGACGCUCACCCAAGUCUCGACCCUGGAGAAUUGGCGAGCAUUACCAGAAUAAAUGUGGACGACUCUUUCUGGUGGGUUUGGAUCAGUAGUUUGGCGUCCGAGGAGCCAACCUCCAGAAAAGCUGUGUUCGGUCGAUGUGCUCUCAUCGAAACUGUGUUACCUGAUGGGCAAUGGAUGGUAAUGGAGGAACAGGUCAAAGGUGCGGCACCCGAACCCGCUGUUGGCGCAUACAUCGCAGAGAAGAAGACGUUCCUGGGGUUUACCACCAAGCGAGGUCGUCUCGGUCGGAGACGCUCUGGAAGUAAGAAGAGUCUUCUCACUCCAGAGCCGCAGUUCGACACAAGCCACAGGCCAACUUUGGCUCCAGAUCAGCAAGCGAAGAUCCAACAGGCAGCAGCGGAGCUGUCCAGGAAACGACAGGUUGAAGAGAGAGCGGAGCAAGCUGCCGUGGCCACGAGACGAGGACGAACGCAGGAUUUCAUGGCCCCGUCGAAAACAAACAGCAUCUUUACUCUUGGUCCAUUCAUUAAGGAUGAGGCGUCUCCAGCACUUCAGUGGGCCAACCAGUACGACAAGAAGACCAUUCGGGCUAAGUACCUGGGUGACACUCUGGCUGGUAAAGGCUCGCGCGAGAUGUUAUCCCUGCCUGCAGAGGGUCUUGGAAUCAGUAGGUCUACUUCUACCCUCUCGGUGGUGAGCAAGAAUAAGGACCUGCCACUCCCACCAGGAGAAACUGGACAACAACGUCCUGCAAAGCUAGAAAGGAGUCGAUCGGCCGAACAGAUUCCUUCAAUGGCAGCGACUCCUACCGCGGCUGAGCCACCGGUCGAGGCCGUCGCCACGCCGCCUGUGGAGGUUGUCGUCGAGCCAGCCCCAAUUCCAGUCGAGCCUAAAGUUGAUGUCGAGGAGACUGCUGUUCCGGGCGCAGUUGACGUUCCCCUCCCUUCAGCAACACCAGAUAUCCCGGAGACGCAGACGUCGCAACGUCAGGAGAUAUCAGAGACAAAGGCACCAAAACAUCACCCUGCCAAGCUACGUAAGUCGGUCGAUGUACAGCGAAAGUCACCCGAACAGAGAAAGUCGAGGAGUAAGAAUCCAGCGGGACCACCUCCGGUACAGAACAAGACGGGAUUUCGUAGGCUUUUUGGAAAUAAGAGAUCCAGAUCCAAAGAAGCCCGAGUGCAGGAGCCUGCUGCGGUAGAAUCUUCUGCUCCACAGGAUGCUGAUGACCCUGCUGUUGCUGCCGCAAGACGCGCACUGGAGGGGAAGCCUGCUUUGCCUGGAGAUGGUCCCACGUCGCCGCCCUUGAGUCCGGGUCAUUUCCAUCGUCUUGCGACUAUUAAUCCUCAAGCCGCAGCACCAGCGGCUCCUAGUGGGAAUGAAGCGUCUCAAGUGGAGAUGAGCGCUCCUCAAGCGUUCCCCCCACCUACAGAGCUCCCUGCUGACCCCGACACUGAUUCUGAGGAAGUCCCGGCACCCCCUAUGAUACGGCGAGAUGAAGAAUACGAUCAAUUAUCGCGUGUGGACACAAACGAGCGAGAGCAUGCCGACCGAGCAUUCUCCACGUUUGAUCAAGGCCCACUGCUGGACCAACCUGCUUUUGCGCCGGCAGACACACCGCCGCGGAGUGCAUUUUUGACCCCUGGCGAAGAGAUGGAAUACGAGCCGGCAAGCCUACAUUCGGGCCGGUCAUUUCAGGGAGUGGAAAGCAUGACUUCGGUGGAUGAAGAAGACGAGGACGAAGUAGCGUUGACACACCAAGUGAGCCCAACCGAUCGAUGGGCACAAAUUCGAAGGAAUGCUGCCGAGAGGGCAGCAAGGCAAUCCGAGGAGCAGACGUCUCGAAGCCGCACCGAAACUCGAACUGACGAUGGUGAAACAAGUGGUGAAGAGACCAUUGAAUCACGAGUGGCCCGGAUCAAGGCACGGGUGGCCGAGCUAACCGGCAACAUGGAUGGCGCCCGACGAUAG